AUGGGGAGACCUGCCCCAGUUCAAACGAAGAUUCUUGAUCUAGAACAGAAGUUGUGCUUCAUCUCGUCCCUGGUCCUCUCCUGCCUGGUGACCUUCUGCAUGUUACUGAAGUCCAUGGGAAACCACAGGACUAAUCUCCGGUGUCUCUACCGAGGGGCUGUUGAAAAGGUUUUCUAUCGUUCCUGUAAACUCCAACCUUCUCAGCAAUCUCUCGUAUGCUGGAUGCAAUUCACGGGUUUCCAGAUAUCAUUUGCGUGCCUAGCUCUGCUCAUCCAACACAUUGUCUUCUUCAUUUGCAUCGUGUGUUUCACUUUCCUGAUUGUUGUCCCACUGCAGUCUGGCAGCAACAUGCAUCUUUUCAAAAUUGUGGUGAACUUGUGGCCCUUCUGGUUGACCUUGGUUGUUUCAUUCAUCGCCCAGAACCUGCUGGUCCACUACUACUUCCUGGAGCGAGACCAUCUACCCAGAGAGUUGACCAACAGGCGAGCCUUUUACAUUGUGACAUACAUGUUUUUCCCCAUCAAUGUGCUCCUGGGGUUAAUGGCAGGAAUCUGGAGAAUGGUGAUCUCAGCGCUGUACAACAUUGUUCAUUUCUGCCAGCUGGAUGGGAGUCUACUGAGCCGUGGGGUGGAGAGGUUUGAUCCAGGCUACCGUACCUACUGCCAAUAUUUGAAAAUUGAGGUCAGCCAAUCCCACCCAGUAGUGAAAGCCUUUUGCCUCUUGCUUCUCCGCUGGCAAAGUGCCCAAAAUAUGCAGACCCUGCAGCUCAGAGAUGCAGAAGAAGGAAUCAAACUCAUGAAGACCACCAAUUCAGCACCCAAAGCGUCAAAGGGCCAACAGAACCGGGUCCGAUGGUGCCUGGCGUAUACCCUCAUCAACAACCCUUCCCUAUUGCCCUACCGCAAAGGGGCUCUUGUGGAUGCAACAGCUAAUGGGACAAAAGCCAGCCUCACCAAGCCUUGAUGGAACCAGCAAGCUUUCUUGGAAACAAUGGACUCUCCAUCAGGAGAUGAUGGAUGGAUUCCAUCACGAGUUUUCAUC